AUGUCGUUCCCACAGAAGCGCAAGGCUGAGGCCGAGCCCGAUAUUGAGGACGUCAUCAUGCGUGACGUCGCCAACGACGCCGCCGUUGAGCAAACCACCUACUUUUCGCGCUUCGUCAACUUUGGCGCCAACAUUCGAAAUGGCAUCGUCGACGCCGUCAAGGGCGCCUGCACGCGUGCAGUCGGCUCCGUCUUCGCCCACGGCAAUCGCCUCAUGCACUCCAUUGUCGAGGUUCGCCAUUCAACUGCAGAUGGCCUCUCCGUCAAGCGCUUCAAGCGCCUGCCCCUCAACCCCAAGAAGGCUGCCACCAAGGGCAUUCUCAAGAACACCCUACCCGUCAACUACCUGAAAGCUCUCCCCAAUGGCCAGUAUUGUUGGACAAACAGGGUCAGGGAGCACCUCGGAGUCCAGAACCACCUUCUCGUUGACGCAUUCUUCUCCAACCUCAUGUCCAUAGUCCGCGCAGAGAGGGUCGAAGACUACCUGGACAUCGACUACGCCAUCGACCCGCUAAAUGUCCCCGACUUCGUCGUCGACAGGCUCCGGGCAAGCGGCAAUGAUCCAACACUUUCCAUCUUGGUACACAACUACUACAUCCACACCACUGACAAGCGCAACCCGCAUGCCUUUGUUGACGCUGGCAAGACCUUCUUCGACAAGCUUAACAAGCUUGCUAAGAUCUACCGACUUGUCUACAACGGGCAAGGCCGCGUCCCCUUCCUGAAAGACCUGGGCUUCGAGCCAUACGACAAUCUCGAGACUGACGACAAGAAUGGCCUCCUCUCUCACAGAGAGAGACUGCACUACUAUGAAUGUGUUGUCUUCUUACAGUACAUCCUCACCCAGCGUGCCGCCUUCAACCAGAUGUGUCCAGUCCAGACCAUCGCUGGUAUAAUCGUCGACUUUGAUGCCCUCCACAAGGAUGAGGCCCCUCCCAGCUAUGUAGACUGGCCAGGAAAAUACCAGCGUGUGCCUGGCGCCUUCCCUGGUGACGAGAUGGACUCUCUCCUUUUUGACGACGUCGCCCUGAACGAUUUUGAGCCAGCCCGACUCUAUGACCACCUAAACCCGAGCCCCCGCAAAUUCGAGACCUACGAUACUCCUCCCCGCAACGCGAUGCCAAAGAAUCCCAUCUACUUUGACCAAAGGGGUUUUCCGAAGCCGCGAAGGGGCGCUCUCAGGAAUCGCCUACUCUUGGGUCGGCCCAAGAAGUCAGCUCGAUUCAAGCAGUCGCCACAACAUUGGUACAUGCCAUCGGACAAUGAGCCGGUGAAGCGCGUGUAUCCCGAGGGCACUCAGCCCCGCAAAGCCGAGACUCAAAUAUCUCCCAAAUCAGAAAAGGAGUCUGUCGAAGACACCAUACGACGGCUCAAAGAGAGAAAUGGUUCGGUCUUCAGCAUCUUGGAUUCCCACAAGGGCGAUAAGAUAGUCUACAAGCAACACAAAACCCUAGACGAGUUGUUCGACGACGACCCCCUCGGCUUCGAGGGGACGAACCAGGACUUGGUGAAGCUCAGCCGUGAGAAGCGUGACGACUUCGACACCCGCAAGCAGCUGAUAAAUGAAGCUUUCUAUCAGUUAGAGGCUGAACAGAGGGCCGAGGAAAGAAGAGUGGCCGAGGAGGCACAGCGGGCUGCCGAAGAAGCGCGCCGCCGGGCAGAGGAAGAGCGUCUUCGCGCUGAGGAGGAGGAGGUGAGACGCGUCGAAGAGGCUGGAGGGCUACGACAGCCACACAAACCCGUGGUGCCCUCACUCACCGAUGAGUGGAUUGCCAGGUCCCAGGGUACACUGCAUGCCCGCCUCAAUGCAGAGCUGGCCAAGACCCCUGAGGGAACUCCCCUCACCCGCAAGGACUUCGAAACCGUCGUCACCCCCAACCAGUGGCUCAACGAUGAAAUUGUUAAUGGUACACUUCUUCACUUGGCCAACUACAUCAACCAGAAGGCUGGUAUUAAGAAUACCCGCGUUCAGACCCCAAAGGUCCAGGUUUUCAACUCCUUCUUCGGCAAGAAGAUCUAUGAUAACGGCGGCGAGGGCACCGAGCGCCAGAUGCGACGUACAGGUAUCCGAAAGGAUACCUUCCUGGAGAUCGAGGCGGUUCUCAUACCUAUCUGCCGCGGUGCUCACUGGACCCUCGUCGUAGUCCGCCCGAAGUACCGACAGGUACAUCACUUCGAUUCUCUCAAUGGCGCUGGCAACUCCAACCUCACAGACAAUGCGUUGAAGUGGGUCCGCAUGGUCCUUGAGGACCGGUUUGUCCCGUCAGAAUGGAAUACCACGACCAUCCCCUCACCCCGUCAGCACAACUUUGACGACUGCGGCGUACAUACCGUCACCAACGGUAUUUGUGUUGCCAUGCACGUCGACCCCAUGACUUACUCAGCAGACGACAUGAACCAGCAGCGACUUCACAUCGCCGCUGUCCUACUGAAUGAUGGCUUCAAGGGAGAUUUGAGCCUGGACGACUUCUAA